GUGCAUUGAACAAUAUUUGUUUUUUUGUGUCUGUAUAGGUUGAAGCCUCAAGGAGAUAUCUGGAUUGUAAAGGGACUGAGCAAAUAUGCUUGUAAUCUCACACUGGAUCCAAACACAGCACAUACUCAACUCAUUCUGUCUGAAGGGAACAAAACAGUAACAUGUGUGAAAGAGCAUCAACCAUAUCCUAAUAAUCCUGAAAGAUUUGAUCGCUUUGAGCAGGUUCUAUGUAAAGAAAGUCUGACUGGACGCCAUUACUGGGAGGUUAAAUUGGAUGGGUGGGCUCAUAUAGCAGUGGCAAAUAAAGGAAUCAACAGAAAAGAAGGGAGUGACUGUCGGUUUGGACUCAAUAAAGAGUCCUGGAAUCUUUACUGCUGUGAUACAGUCUAUUCUGUCUGGCACAAUAAAGUAAGAAAAAACAUUCCUGUCCCUUCACCCUCCCCUAAGAAAAUAGGUGUCUAUGUGGAUGUACCAUCUGGCACUCUGUCCUUCUACAGCGUCUCAGACACACUCACACUCACACACUUAUACACAUUCAGCACCACAUUCACUGAACCCCUCUAUGCUGGGAUUGCAGUUUAUUAUGGUUAUUCAAUGUCUCUGGGUUAGAUUUAAGAACAUUCUGUAUGGAGCUAGAGAUACAUAUGGAAGUCCAUUUCCACCUUUAAGCAAAAAUGUGAAAGGGAAAAUGCCACUUUAUACAGUACUUUAUUUCUUAUAAUUAUAGUCACAAAAAUGAAGUUGUCAGCUUGUACUAUACAUUGUAACAUCAUUUAACAAAUUAAAAUGUAAAGAUAUAAAGGUGUAAUUAUAAAAAUAUAUGUUAACAUGACAUAAAUGUAUACAUAAUUUAAAGUAUUAAGUCACAUUAUAAAAUAGAAGGACAUGGUUACACUGUAUUUUGUUACAGAGUAAUUAUUCAUUUAUGUUUAUUUGUAAUAUUAACAACAUAUAUUUACUGUAUGGCUAGGGUUAUGAUUUAGGUUUGGCUUAAAGUUAGUUGCAUGUAAUUAUUUAUAUCCUUUACUGUUAUUAUAGUACAUGCAAUAUGUGUAACAAUGGCACCUUAAAAAUAAAAUGUUACCAAAGACACAAUUACCAGAAAUAUUGUCUCAGUUAUGAGACAUGGCCUUAGAGAGUCACAAUGGCACGGUAUUUUUUUAUAAUUUUGGAAGACUUAAAGGAGAGUUUGAGAAUAAAGGCCGAAGAGACAAUGUAAAUCGAUAUGACAUAAUGAAGAAGUUUAAUAAAUGCAAUGUUCUCUUCUGCUUGUCCCACUCUGAAAGUUCUACCCUGUUAGGUUUGCCCAGUCAAAUAGAUGAAUAAAAACCUAUCUGACACAGUGGCGAAAGUUUUGUUCAACUGUAGAAGGUUAGAGAGCUGUAAACAGCUUAUUUAACUCAAAAUUUUCCACCCCGGAAAUUAUAACUCUUCUCACUACCACUAAAAGUUUUAGAUGAAUUUGAAGUCUCUUCUGCUCACCAAGGCUUUAUUUAUUUGAUCUAAAAUACAGUAAAAACAGUAAUAGAGAUUACAAUAUUUAAUCCUGUUAAGUGUGUCAAAGCUUUAUUAAUGUAUAUUAUCUACACUCUAAAAUGGUUUUGAUUUGGUUUUGAUUUAAAUUAUUUAAGAUUUCUUACAUAUCCUGAGAUAGUUACUUGCGCUACACUUUUUCCUGCCUUUUUUACAAUCUGUAACUGUCAAAGUUGCAUCAUUUCAAAGCAAAAAAACUAAACAAAAACAGAAUAUGAACAGCUUUAUACUCACAUCAGAAAACAGAAUAAAAAUAAUUCAAUGGACACCUAAAAAAUGUAUACUUUACUGAGAAAAUAAUUAAUAAUCAUAAAAAGUAAUAAUAAAAUAAAACUGAAAAGUAAAGGGGUAAUUGUUCUAAUUGUGUCUGUAAUCAACCAAGAAUACAACCAUAACUACUCACAAAAAAGAAAGAAAAACCUUCAUAUUAGUUUGUGAGUGGGACUUUUAUUUUGGCAUGUGGCCGUGACGUCACAGGUCUGCGCCGCUCUCUGCUUCUGAUUAGACUGAAGAAAGUGUUCACUUCAAAGCAAACCUUUAGUUCAAGUGAGCGAUGGAAAGUUAGUUCAUUAAUAUUGACUGUAGCGCUUUAUAUAACGAGUAUAAAGUAUCAAGAUAUUUAGAAUGAGUUUGUGAUAAACACGACUUCAGUCCUCGACAGAAACUAGUGACUAGAGAGAGAUGAUUGAGAGAAACAGAUAGAGUUUGGGCUGAUUUUCCUUCAUUCUUCUCAUCUUAAUCAGAAGAGUCUGGAUCUCAGGAGUUUUUUCUGUUUGGACUCUAUUAUAAAGAUGGAGUUUAUUAAAGAAGAGACUGAAGAUGUGAAGAUUGAAGAAACAUUCAGAAUCAAAGAAGAAGACACUGAGGAACAAACAGACCUGCCGCUGAAAGAGGAGAGCACAGAACUGAAGGAAACGGGAGAGAAAAUACAACAUGAAGCUGAACGUGAUUUUAAAGCUGAAGAAGAAUCUUUCAGUUGGCCACAGAUCAAAGAGACUUUCUCACUGCAAACGGCUCCUAAAACAGGAACUGAAAGUUACUUAACCCCUUCUCGGUGUGAAAAGAGUUUGGAUGAACACGGAAACCUUAAAGUCCACAUGAGGAUUCACGGAGGACAAACAUUGACCUGCCGGCGGUGUGGGAAGAGUUUUGGUAGAAAAGAAGACCUCGAUGGCCACCUGAGAGUUCACCCUGAAGACGAGGCCCACACCUGCCCCAAGUGUGGAGUGAGCUUCGAUCUGCUCGUCAACCUUAAAGCCCACGCGAGAGUUCACGCUGAACAGAGUCCCUUCUCCUGCCAACAGUGCGGGAAAGCUGUUCCUUCAAAAGGAAACCUGUACAGGCACAUGAGAACUCACAUCGGAGAAAAGCCUUACGUCUGCCCCGAGUGCGGAAAGAGCUUCGAUCUCCACGGAAGCCUUAAAGUGCACCGGAGGAUUCACACCGGAGAGAAACCGUACUCUUGUCUUCAGUGUGGAAAGAGUUUCUAUAACCAGGGCAACCUUAAGGGGCACAUGAGUCUCCACACCGGAGAGAGUCCUUUCGUCUGCCAGCAGUGUGGAGUGAGCUUCAUCCACGAAGGAUUCCUCAGAAGACACAUGAGAAUUCACGCUGUGGAAAAGUGCGUGUGCCGUCAGUGCGGGAAGAGUUUCAACCGCAAAGGGGACCUUAACAAACACGUCAGGAUCCACACCGUAGAAAACUGCGCGUGCCGUCAGUGCGGGAAGACCUUCAACCGGAAAGGAGACCUCAAGAGGCACGUGAGAAUUCACACGAGAGAAAAGUCCUACACGUGCCCUCAGUGCCAAGAGAGUUUCGAUCUUCACGGGAGCCUUCGAGCCCACAUGAGAGUUCACACCGGAGAGACUCUCUUCCCCUGCCAACAGUGUGGGAAAAGUUUCACUCAAAAAGGACACCUUAGCAGGCACAGGAAAAGACUCCACAGCGCAGGCUUGAUCGACACGUAAGGGUUGGCAGACUUGAACUGUGAUUGAACAUCAAGGUGCUCAGAAGUGAAGACCAGAGUCGCUCAUUACAUCCACGAUCGAACAACACGUCCUAGGUGAUAUUAUCGUGCUAAUCGGGAUCUAGCUAACUCAGGUUUUUUCUUCCCGAUGCGCCUGUUAAUGAUUAGUAUGGAUGUGGAUUGAAGUAUUGGAGAUAAUUACACCUUCAUUCAUUGGUUUAAAAGAGCCUUUUCAGAAUCGACAAAUGACAUACAGUAAAUGUGAUAAUAAAUGAAAUGCAUCCUCUUUGUGUAUCAUGAGAAGGCUGUAAAAUUUUUAUUUAAUGUAGUAAUUAGCAAUUACAUCUAUAUCUUACAGAUUACAGAUUUGUUACAUGACUAUGUUACAUUAAAGGGUCAAGAUUAUGUGAAAGCAUAAAAGCCAUUGUUCCUGGAUGCGUCCUGGCCAGGAUGUCUGUGUUGCCUAAAAUAUCUAGGUCAUCGGUUUCUUAUGUUUUCAAAACGCUCUCAAGAUGCUUUGAAUCAAAGUAAUACAGAAAUCCUCUCAAGGAUGUGUCCUGGAAAAAAUUGCACGUACAGUCAUCCUGGUCCAGAUCACGUUGAAUGUAGAUGAACCAUAGUGGAAGUACUUAUUAGACAUUUUUACAUGAAGCAGAGUAAUUUUACCGCAGUGCUUAAACUUACUAGAUUUGAUUUGUUUUUGACUUUUUAAUAUUUUUUUUUAUUUGGUUGAUUUAAUUCAGUUUGGUUCUAUCAAAUAGUUUUUACGUGCAGAUAUCGCUGUAUGUUUGUUGUCUUGGAUGUUUGGCUUUGUGCACGACUCUACUUUAUCAGUACAGCACGUUGUUAAAGACUAACACAAUUCUAAAGUAGUUUUUUAUGUCAAAUAUAUAUUUUUUAAUGAGUAAACCUGGCUGUGUGUAUUAAUGUAUUAUCUUAAAAUACAUUUUUUAUUAUUUAAAAUGAUUGUCUCUGGUUUACCAGGGUACUCUGGUAAUAAAGUAACCAUGGUUAAAAGACACAAA